GCUCGUGAGGUUUUGUGAACAAUCUGCUAAAAUCUGGCAGUCGGCUGCCUGCGCUCGGCCCGGGUCACGUGACACGCGAAGCGCUCGCGGAAGACCGCCGAUCAAGAAAGCGCCACUCGGCACUGAUUCUACUACAUCCCCUCGUCUCAACUGCUCCUCGAAGUCGCUGGCCAUGUCCACGGGCUCUGCUUACAACGAUGACAAAGGGGGUUCCUCCAGCCUGGGAGAACCCGAAUAUGGACACGAUCCGGCCAGCGGGGGGAUCUUUUCAUCCGAUUACAAAAGGCAUGAUGAUCUUAAAGAAAUGCUGGAUAGUAACAAGGACUCCCUGAAGCUAGAAGCCAUGAAAAGAAUUGUAGCUAUGAUUGCCAGGGGAAAGAAUGCUUCUGACCUUUUUCCAGCUGUGGUCAAGAAUGUAGCCUGUAAAAAUAUUGAGGUAAAGAAAUUAGUGUAUGUGUAUUUAGUUAGAUAUGCAGAGGAGCAGCAAGACCUGGCUCUUCUUUCCAUUUCUACCUUCCAAAGAGGUUUAAAGGACCCCAACCAGCUGAUCCGCGCAAGUGCUCUGCGGGUUUUGUCCAGUAUCAGAGUUACAAUCAUUGUUCCCAUCAUGAUGCUUGCAAUCAAGGAAGCAGCUUCUGAUAUGUCCCCUUAUGUACGGAAAACAGCUGCCCACGCCAUCCCCAAACUUUACAGUUUGGAUCCUGAACAAAAGGAUCAGCUGAUAGAAGUUAUUGAGAAGCUGCUGGCAGAUAAAACAACGCUAGUAGCAGGCAGUGUUGUGAUGGCUUUUGAAGAAGUGUGUCCUGAACGGAUUGACCUGAUCCACAAGAAUUACCGGAAACUGUGUAAUUUACUUAUUGAUGUUGAAGAGUGGGGACAGGUAGUCAUUAUCAACAUGCUGACUCGUUAUGCCAGAACUCAGUUCCUCAAUCCUAACCAAAAUGAGUCCCUCCUUGGGGAGUCUGCAGAAAAAGCUUUCUAUGGAUCAGAUGAGGAAGAAGGUAAAGAAGAUAAAGAAGAAGCAGCUGUUCUGGUCAAGAGGAAGCCAUACGUGAUGGAUCCUGACCACCGACUGCUCUUACGUAACACUAAGCCUCUGCUGCAGAGCAGAAAUGCAGCUGUGGUGAUGGCUGUUGCCCAGCUGUAUUUUCACCUUGCACCAAAAGCUGAGGUUGGUGUCAUUGCUAAGGCUUUGGUUAGACUCAUGAGGAGUCACAGUGAAGUCCAGUUUGUUGUCCUGCAAAAUGUGGCCACCAUGUCCAUCAAACGUAGGGGUAUGUUUGAGCCUUAUUUAAAGAGCUUUUACAUUCGAUCAACUGACCCAACACAGAUAAAAGUGCUAAAGUUGGAGGUAUUGACAAACUUGGCCAACGAAACCAACAUCUCUACAAUUCUAAGGGAGUUUCAGACUUAUAUAAAAAGUAUGGAUAAGGACUUUGUUGCAGCCACUAUUCAGGCCAUUGGACGCUGUGCAACUAAUAUUGGAGAGGUUCGCGACACAUGUCUGAAUGGACUAGUGCAGCUGCUUUCGAACAGGGAUGAGUUGGUGGUUGCAGAAUCAGUCGUGGUGAUCAAGAAAUUAUUACAGAUGCAGCCUGCUCAGCACAGUGAUAUCAUCAAGCACAUGGCAAAGCUCACAGACAACAUUCAGGUACCAAUGGCAAGAGCUAGCAUACUGUGGCUAAUUGGAGAAUAUUGUGAACAUGUACCCAAAAUAGCACCUGAUGUUCUGCGGAAGAUGGCAAAAACCUUUACCAAUGAAGAGGAUAUUGUCAAACUGCAGAUACUCAACCUGGCUGCCAAGCUGUACCUAACUAACUUGAAACAGACCAAGCUCCUAGCUCAGUAUGUUCUCAACUUGGCCAAGUAUGACCAGAACUAUGACAUCAGGGACAGAGCCCGCUUUAUUAGGCAGCUUAUUGUACCUUUAGACAAGGGGGGCAUCCUCAGUAAAUAUGCUAAGAAGCUCUUCCUCGCUUUAAAACCAGCACCUGUGUUGGAGUCACCAUUCAAAGACCGUGACCACUUCCAGCUGGGCUCACUCUCCCAUUUGCUCAAUGCCAAAGCUGUGGGCUAUCAAGAGUUACCUGACUGGCCAGAAAUGGCCCCUGAUCCUUCUGUUCGGAAUGUGGAGGUUCCAGAAUGGACAAAGUGCAGUUCGAGGGAGAAGCGUAAGGAGAAAAUGGAAAAACCAUUUUACUCAGAUUCUGAAGGAGAGUCUGGACCCACAGAGUCUGCAGACAGUGAGUCAGAGAUGGCCAGUGAAUCGGAAAGUGGAAGUGAAAGUGGAAGCAGCAAUGAAGAAAGUGGGUCAAGGUCUGACAGUGAAGACAGCAAUGAAAUGGGGAAGGAGGAGAAGAAAACAACAAGGAAGAAAGUGAAGAAGGUAGUCCACGAAAGUGGUGACAGUGAGCAGAGUGGAGAGGAUGAAGAGGAGAAAACAAGCCAGAAAAAAAAAAAAGAACAUAAACCAAGCUCUGGGUCAUCAUCAGAAAAUGAAGAAGAAAGUUCAACUGAAAGCAGUGAGUCAGAGUCUGAGUCUGAAUCUGAAGAGUCAGAUGCUGACACAAAGAAGAAGAAAAAGUGUCCAGUUUCCAAACAGGUGUGUAAACAACCAAAACCAGAGAAAAAGGAAAUUUCACUUCUUGACUUGGAUGACUUUAUACCUCCAGCCUCUCCUCAGGUAACUCCUGUGAACAACGUUGUAUCAAACAGCCUGGUUACUGACUUGGAAGGGCUUUCUCUCACUGAUUCUGCACUGUCACCCACAAUGAUAAGUCCAAAUUUUGGUUCUGUAAAGAUGUACAACUUGCUACAUCGAAUCACUGGAGAAGGCUUAUCAGUGGAGUAUUGUUUCAGUCGGCAACCUUUCAGCCCAGAUCCGCACAUGGUGGCCGUGCAAGUGCAGUUCACCAACAACUCAGAGACAGAGGUCAAGAACGUCAGAAUAGAAGAGAUGAAGCUAAUGUCUGGAAUGAGAAUCCAAUCAUUUCCUGAGAUAGAGGUUUUGGCUCCUGGUGAGGUAGCAACUGUCGUUAUGGGAAUUGACUUCUGUGACUCAACUCAAGCUGCUAACUUCCAGCUGUGCACACACACUCGCAGCUUCUUUGUGUCUAUCCAGCCACCAGUUGGGGAACUUAUGAUUCCAGUAUUUAUGAGUGAGAACGAGUUCAAAAAAGAGCAAGGAUAUUUGAUGGGAAUGAAUGAAAUAUCAGAGAAAAUAACACUUGCAGAGAAAUCUCACAUUGAUUACGUGGUGGCUCAGAAAGUGACUUCGGCUGCAAAUCUGAGUCGGGUUCCCUGCGGAUCAGAUAAAGAGUUUAGAUUUGCUGCCAAGACAUUAUCUAGUGGAAGCCUAGUGCUUGUAACGGUGAUUACAAAAGAGGAGUGCACUGCACAAGUCACCGUGAACUGUGAGAAAAUGGUAAUUGGUACUAUGUUGGUGAAGGAUAUUCUUCAGGCGAUAUCCCACUGAGAUGAAAAAAUGUGCCCUUUCCUCUGACAACUCCUGAAGUCAUCUUUUUGAGAAACUGUACCUUCACUCCAUCUCCCUUUUCAUGUCCUUCAGCCAGUCUGUCAUACUGAUGGUGCAUUGCUGCUGAGCCACAGAAACUCUGAUAAAAAACAAUUUCAGCAUAAAUUUCUUUUACAAAUGAAAAUCCAGUUAAGUGGUGUUAAAAUGAUCAUGCUGCAUAAGAUGUUUCUUAAACCAAUUUAUUCUUAAAGACGUGCAUGUUAGGUUAAUGGUCAAGCUGGCCCUGCAACUGUGAGUAAAGCAAUGUGUGUUAGUGGAUUCUGCACUGGACUGCGACUCUGUCCAGGGCUGUUUCCUGCCUUGUGCCCGGACUGGCUCUGGCUCAAAUAACCCCAAAUCAGACUAAGUAGAGAUAUGAUGUUAUAUGUUACUUCUUGUGAAUCAAUCAAUAAGAUCAUGAGGGGGACAAAAUAAAAUCAGAUGCAGUUGGAAAGAAUGAGACAUGGAAUCAAGUUGAAGUCUUGUUGGCUAUCUCUUUACCCACAUUAUCCACUAUCUUAUUAAUAAUAAUAUUCAACUGAUUUCAGGCUAUCUCCCAUGGCCUGGGUUAAAGAUCACCCAGAUGACCCAAGGCUGUUAUACAACAGUGUCUUGACGGUCCCACCUGUCAUUGAACCAUUAGCCAUUAACAUAGGUGGAUAACCCAAAAUGCUAAUAACCAAACCCCCUUCCUUAUCCAAUUGCCAAAGACUCUUAAACACUCUGAAGCGUGAGUAACAUUAGCUCCAGAUAGUGAAUAUAAGGCCCUUCUGUACCUACAAAAUGGACAAAGAUACUUUUCUUACUAGUUUGCCGCUGUGAGCCAGUUUCUGCCCACUAUACUGUUAACAUUCAUAUCAGAAUCCAUCAUCAUUUGAAUUCACUCAGUCAGUUUCAAAUUGUUUUCUCUGUGUUGUUCAAUAUGUUGGUUUAUUCUAUGGAUCUAUUAUAGACAUCAACCUCUUAUUUCAAGGGUGUCUUUUCAUAUCAACAUAAGUAGCAGAGAUAGCCAGAUUUGUUUCAAAGAGGGCUACAGUGCUACAGAAAGUAUACAGACCCCUUCACUUUUUAAACAUUUUAUUAUGUUGAAGCGUUAUGCUAAAUUCAUUAAUUUAAUUUUUUCCCCUCAAUCAUCAGUCAAUCCUCCAGAAUAACAAAGCAAAAACAGUAUUUUAGAAAUUUUUGCAAAUUUAUUAAAUGUGAAAAACUGAAAUGUCCAGCUGACACAAGUAUUCAGGUCCUUUUUUCAGUAGCUAGAUGAAGCCCCUUUGGCAAUGAUCGUGGCCUGGAGCUGUAUUGGAUCUGACACAACAAGCUUCGCAUAUCUGGGACUGGAUUUUUCUGCCAUUCUUCUCUGCAAAUCCUAUCCAGCCCUGUCAAGCUGGAUGGAGGCAGUCAGUGGACAGCAAUUUUCAGGUCUCUCAAAAGUUGUUUGAAUGGGGUCAAGUUCAGGCUCUGACUGGGCUGCUUAAAAACAAUCACAGAGUUGUUCCCUGUGUUGUCUUUGCCUUGUGCUUAGGGUUAUCAUCCUGCUGGAAGGAGAACCUUUGGCCCAGUCUGAGGUCCAGAGUGCUCUGGAUCAGGUUUUCAAUAGGGACAUCUCUGCACUUUGCUCCAUUGAGUUUAUUACAAACUCCAAGUAUUCUACAAACCUCCAACCCUGGAAAGCAAUCCCGCAGCAUGAUGCUGCUACUAUCAUACUUCACCUUUGGAAUGAAGAUUGAUGCCUGGUUUCUACCUGAAUUGAGGGCAAGCAGUUCAACCUUGGUUUUUCGACGAGAGAAGCUUGUUUCUCACAGUCUGAAGGUCAUUUGGUGGUUGCUCUUCUGGUAAUUUCUCUCAUCUGAACACAAGUUCCCUAGAGCUUAGCCAGAGUGACCAGGUUCUUAAUUAUCUCUUUUCCCUACCCCAACCAACUGUUCAGUUUUCUUAGGCAGCCAGCUCUAGAAAGUGUCAUGGUUGUUCCAAACUUCUUAUAUUUAAAAAUAAUGGAGACAACUUGGAAACCUGAAAUGCUUCAGAAAAAUUGUAUAGCCUUCCCCAGACCUGUACCUCAACACAGUCCUGUUCCUAAUCUUUGCAGGCAAUUCUUUUGACUUCAUGUCUUGGUUUUUGCUCGGAUACACAUGAUAUAGUGGGACCAUCUAUAGAGAGAUAUGUGACUCUCCUAAUAAUGUCCAGUCAAUACAGUUCACCACCAGUGGACCUCAAAUAAUUUGUAGAAACAACUCAGCGACAAUCAGUAGAAUGGGAUGCCCCUGAGCUAAAUUUGAAGUCUCAUAGCAAAAGAUCUGAAUACUUGUGUUAAUGUGAUAUUUCCUUUUUUUAUUUUUAAUAAAUCUGCAAAUAUAUUCCUAAAUUCCUGUUUUUGCUUAGUCAUUUUGGGGUAUGGACAGGUUAAAAUGGAAUUAAAUGAGAUUGGCAUAAGGCUGCAACAUAUCAACAUAUAAAAAGAGAAGGGGUCUGAAUACUUUCUAAAUGCAUUUUACAUGUAAUCAUUUUAGGAUGAUAGACCUGUGCUUCUUUUUUUUUCCAUAUUUUUUGAUUACCCCUUGAAUGUUUCUCAAGAGAAAUAGUCUGAUUUUAUAUAGCUUCACUUUCACUUCCUAAUUGUACCCAUAAUGUAACUUGGGUGAGAUUAAGAGCAGGAAGGUUAACACUGGGAUUGUGGAGAAUUUACCAUGGCUUAUAUUCUAGUGCCUUACAUGGCAGUUUAUCAGUAAGUGUUCAUUAUAGGCAGCUCUUGCUCCACUGGUCAUCAGUUAGCCAUGAUUUAGAAUAACAGCUCUGAAAUCACCAAUACCAUGAUUUUUUUCUCCUGAUAGAACUCUGUUGUUUGAACUCCCCUUAAGGUAGACGAAAUAACAGGCAGCAUGGGAUAUGAAUUAUCCAGAGAUUCUGAAAGACUGGCUGAAGGACAACUUCAUCUUUCAUUCAUAAAAAAGACCUCCUGAUAAUUGAGCAUUUGCUUAGUAUGAAUAUUACAUGGUUCCAAUCCCCUUUUCAAACCAAUCGGCUAAAUCGGGGUCCCCAGUCUAGGUCCUAGAGGACCACAGUGGCGACUAGGAGUCAUUGUAGUUACACUUUUCUUCAAAGCUGAAUUUCUACAUGACACUACAAUCUUUGCCUAAUUAGAUUAUUAUAUUUCCUACAACUCUAUGGAUGCAAACUGAGAAUCCGUUAUAAAAUGUACCGAUUUGUGCAGUUUGGGUUUGUCUUCAAGCAUAUGAAGUAUGUUCAAAGUCUUGUCUGGUUUUAUCCUAUUAUUUUUUACCUAAAUGAUUGUUAAAAAGCAAGUAAUUUCCAAUGAAUGAUCAUUGAAUUUCUCCUUUGAAAUAGAGAACAACCAAGCAAAAUGACACCUUUUAUUUAGAUAGCCAAUAAAAGGUGUCAUUUUGCUUGGCUUUUCUCUACAUUCAUAAUGGCUAACAUGGUACGACACCCUAGUACUACUCCUUUGAAAUACAAAUUCUGACUUGUACACAUCUGAACACCUGAUGUACAGGUUUAAUAUACUUUUUAAAUGAAAUACAAACAGAAAAAGUACUUCACAAUGCAUCUGUGAGAUUUGGAGUCGGGCUGCCUGAACAAAAUAUUUCAGACUUGACUCAUGAUCUAAAAUGUCAAUCGAAAGCAGAAACAAAGGAAAAUGCCAGAAAAGACAUUGACUACAAGACCCCCAGCUAGUUUGGCCCUCUAACCCUGAGCACUGGAGGCAUCUGCUCAAUUACAUCUGUGCUUAUAAGAUGAGAUACCAGUCAUUGAUAAAUCAGGUUUACUUUAACUGAGGUGUAUUUACUGUUUGCAAAAAUAUUUUUACUUGGAAUUAAAAUAAAGAUGUACCUUCUGAAUGUAUUGAUUUAUUAGAGCAUCUAUAAACAGUGUAUCACCUUGUGUUCUGAAAGAGUAUAUGGUCAAAUUAAACUUUCUUCUAAUAAAUUAUAUUUCACAUCCUGA